AUGCAUCGUCGUCGGGGUCCCAAUUUUACAUAUGUCAGCGGUUGUGUAAAAUAUAUGAUUUUUGUUUUGAAUUUUGUAUUCUGGUUGUUCGGAGGUUUACUAAUCGGAGUUGGGCUUUAUGCAUUCAUCGACAAAUGGCAGGCCAUGGGUCAAGUGAAGCUAGAGACAGUAUAUGAUGUACUUCUAAACAUCAGUCUACUAAUAGCUCUGUUAGGAGGUAUUGUGUUCAUCGUCAGUUUUGCCGGCUGCAUUGGUGCUUUGAGAGAAAAUACAUGUCUAUUGAAAUUCUAUUCGCUGUGUCUACUAGUGCUGUUUCUAUUUGAAAUGGGUUCAGCUGUGUGUGGGUUUGUGUUCCCGCGUUCGCUGCACGGACUAUUCGAACUUGGCUUCACGGACCGAGUAGUACAUUCAUAUAGAGAUGAUCCCGACUUACAGAACUUUAUUGACUUUGCACAAAAAGAUUUCCACUGCUGCGGUCUCACAUCGGAUGGUUACAUGGACUGGUCGAAGAACGAAUAUUACAACUGUACUUCACCUUCAGUUGAGAGGUGUGGGGUUCCAUUCUCGUGUUGCAUCAACGCUACAGACAUAAGUUCAGGAUUAGUCAACAUCAUGUGUGGUUAUGGUGUGCAGAAUUAUCCAGUUGCCGAAGCUAGUAAACGUGUGUGGACUAGCGGUUGUAUAGAGAUAGUCCGUUCAUGGGCUGAAAGGAAUCUUUAUACUAUAGCUUCUGUGGCUUUAGGUGUGGCGUUGUCACAACUAUUUGUUAUUUACUUGGCUAAGACACUGGAGGGACAGAUUGAACUGCAAAAGGCUAGAUGGCAAACAUGA